UCUUUCUCCACCUCCACCCACUCCUCCCUCUCCCUCUCUAUCCAUCCGUCAUCUUUUCUUCUUCCUCGCUCACAUACCCUCUCGGUUUGGUUUCAUCUUUCCUACUCACACAUACAUUCUCUCUCUCUCUCUCUCCCUCUCUUUUUCAUCCCAUCUCCCCUUCAUUGAUCCAUCUUACCGGUUUAUCUCUGCAUUGUCCUUGUGUGCCACCCUUAUCCUUUGUGUGGUUAAUCGGGUUCCGUAUAGUUGCCCGCUGUACGCCCUCGCCCCAUCACCACAGUGGAUGGUUUAAUUCUUAACAUAACAUCAAGUUAUGUCCGGGAACUACGAUUACCCUCCCGCCUCUCGCCGUCCUUCUCGAGGGUCUCGUACCAACAACGACCGACAGCAACGCCCUGUUUUGAAUCGUCUACAGCAUCUACAGGAACUGCUCAAUUCCGAGCGUAACCGUAACAACUCGGCUCGUGCGCUUGAAACUCUGAACCAGGAGUUGGAGGAGUACCGGGGCAGGUCCUCAUUUAUCGCCGAAGAGGCCAGGGCAGCUUUGGACCGGCAGUUUCAACAAGUCGGAGCCGAACGCCAGAUCUGGAACCAACAACAAGCCACGGACAACGGCAGCACGGCAGGUUCUGUGCGUCCUGGUGGUCAGAGACCGCACGCGCUGAAUGUGACAGUUGUGAACUCGGAAGCAAGUGCUUCUGACCCGAUCCGAUCUGGCAACAGGACUCCGAGGUUCCGUCCUCUCAGAGCCGAGGAUCGGAUUGGCCGCGUGAGAAGAAGCAGAGGCGCAAAUCAAACGUCUCUCCUGGAUGAGCCUGUACCCCGCCUCGAGUCACCAACAGUCAUGCCUCAGCAAUUGGAGAGUGACUCCCCAAUGGAUUACUGGAGGACAAAGCGUCGCAAGUUGGAGACGGAUGAUCAUCGAGAAGGCUUGCAGAACUUUCGUUACGGUCAAUAUGGUCAAGUGGUCCCGGGAGCACUCAGAAUGGAGUUAGCCAGCUGUGACGGAGGCACAUACGAACCGGACGGAGAAAGCUCCUGGCCCGAGAACAUCCUUCGCAAUGACUCCACUGUGUACUGCACAAAAUCAGACCGAUGCAACUUGAUCUUGAAACACCAAGCUGGAAUCCCUUUUUGUUUGCAGAAGAUCGUCAUCAAAGCGCCGAGGAUUGGUUAUGAUGCUCCGAUUCAAGAAGGCAUGGUUUUUGUCUCAAUGACAUCUGACGACCUUUUAGCUCGUACAGCCGCAUCUCAUGUUCAACGUGAGGCGACCAGACGCACUGGGCGAAAUUGGCACAAUGGAAUGCAGCCAUCUCAGGAAUACCUGAAUGCGCACCGGCCUCGCCUGCCGAAUAUUCAAGGGAACAUGGUCGAGCCCAAUAUCAACACCGAAGCUUUUGACACUGACAACAAUAACCCUUCGAGGCCCGUCGAGGGAGGCGAGCCUGAUCCCAUACCGGAGUUUCGCACCAUGACCUAUUACGAUGAACAAUCGGAUGCACGUUCGGAUGCCCACGGACGGAAUGACGAUGAUGACCAGACGCCAUACCUCACUGAGAUAGAGCGUCUUGAGGCUGAUCGGUUCGACGACGCCGCCAUCUGUUCGGACACUAGUGACAGUCUGAGCGAAGCUGAACUCGCUGAAAUGGGUACAUUUCCUCGGCGCCGCCGGGCUUUAUCGAGGCAGAUCCGAGCCAUGCGACGUCGCUACGAAGCAGCACACCCAAGGCACCGUCCACGUUCGCCCGAUACACCUCCCCCCCAACGCCACGAAGACUCGCAGCCCCUGGACUCUUCGCUUAUGAAACCUCAUGCACGGUUUCACAUUGCCAGACACAAGAGCAUGGUCAGCAUUAAGUUUGAUCCCCCACCCUCAGGAAGAUACAUCCUUGUCAAACUGUGGAAUCCCCAUAGCGGAAAGAACAUCGACAUUCAAAGCAUCGUUGCUUACGGCUAUGGUGGCCCGAGGUUCUUUCCAGCUUCAGGUUUCAGAUAAACCCAUACUACCUCUUGCGUGCAACCCCCACCACCACACGGAUAUAUGUGUUCGCUUCAUGCUUGCUGGUUGUGCGAAUGUGCAACGCAAGCCACCUUUGGGCGCUUUCGGGGACUGGUCUUUCAUCUCAUCAUACACAGCCAGGACUCGUUGGUCCCUCUCUGACUUCCUUC